AUCCCGAAGAGAUUGCUAUUGCAGCUCCUACACAAGAUGGGAGCUGGGGUGCUUUGAGUAGACAGAUGGCGCAGAUUCACUGUACAAUGCGCGGCCAAAAUCGGAUGCCGCCGCCGCGGGCGUAGCCUGAAACGCAAACUGGUUGCACCACGCUCGUUCGUCAUACUUUCGUGUUCAGCGCAGCGCCUCAAAGUCAUGAAGGGAGCCAACCAAUCGGGCGGCAGAGCUGCCCACCAGCACAGCUCGGCGCACCAGCGAGGUGCCGCGCACACUGGUGGCAGCCGCGGUGCGAAUCGCGGUGGCGGAUGCCAACGUGGAGGGCAUCAACCGCAUGGAGCAGGAAGAGGAGGCAGCUCCCAGAAACACAAAGGUGCAACGAGCGUCAGCCAUGGGGGCAGCAACAGUGCCAACAGUCACCAGAAGCAACAGAACAGACAGGAUCAAGCCCGCGGUGGGCACGCAAGAGGUGGCCGAGGCCGCUUUCAAAGAGGCCACUUUCACUGGAGAGGCCGAAACGGUGCCAAGGCAUAUCCGCCCAGUUCUGACAGAGAUAUUCAAGGAGGCGGGGUGCCUAGUGCCGGACAGAAUUUGCUUUCUUUUAAGCGAGCACUGCGCGGCAUGACGGCCGACGACGAAACUUCCGUGGUGUCUAAGUCCGACAGCUGCGCGUUCAGUGUUUCCGACUUCAGCGACGCAAUGAGCGAAUACGGCUUCGACGACGGCCAGUUCUGUGACGGUGAUGGCAGGGACUGCUCGGAAGAGCAGUACGUGGGCGAAGGCGACUACGCCUCAUCGAAGGUGGACGACGUCGAAGACCUCACGGAUGCCGUCUCGCCUGCCGGCAACGGGGCGCCCGGUCCGCCUGACAUCGGCACAACGCGGCCGCUUAUGGGUGUCCCAACAAUCUUAGCCUCGACGCCUUCGGUCGGUAUGAUUAGCGUCUUCUGGGACAUCGAGAACUGCGCAGUGCCCAAUGGAGUCCCUGCCUACGACAUCGUGCGUAAGGUGCGCCAAAUGUUCUAUAAGAAACACCGGGAAGCCGACUUUGUUGUCGCUUGUGACAUCGCCCGCAUGAAGCCCAACGUCGUGGGCGAGCUCAGUGAGGCUCACGUGACGGUGGUUCACGUGCCGGGAGAUCAGAAGAAUGCGGCCGACGAGAAGCUGCGCUCCGCGCUGCGGCGCUUCUCCGACGCUUACAAACUGACUGGCUCGAGGGUCGUGCUCAUAUCGGGCGACGUGGACUUCGCGGCUGAGAUACACGAAAUCCGAUACAGGGACCUCAUCCACGUCGUGUUGAUCCACAACGACCAGGCAAAGCGGUCGCUUACGGACACUGCCAACCAGAGUAUCCGUUACGCCGAAUUUGUUGCGGAUAUCAGGAAGUAUGAAAAACCGAAGGAAGCCAACGCGUCCGCACCAACUGGACAACACAAGCCAUUAGCCAAGAAAUCGCCUCUGGCGAGCGAAUAUAAUAGCGCCCAAGUCACCGCUGGCAUAUGCGAGGCCGGCAAAGCAUCUGCGCCUUCUAGACAAAAGAUGGCGGUCAAGAGGUUGCCAGAAGCGCCCCAGAAAGAUAGCGCCCAAGUUACAGCUAUCGGUUCUGAUGCAAAGUUGAGAAAAACUCCCGUUGCAGCCGAUGGUGGCCUCUCUAAUGACAAAAAAGUAACAAAGACAGAUAUCGUUGUACCGAAGGCUAUCCUCACCAAGGUAGGACUGGUUGUUCGUGAACAGCAUAGAAACUUACAGCACUGGAAGAGCGUCCUGUCCAAACUAAACAUUCCACAAGACUUCAGCCUCGAAAUCGGAACGGAUAAAGAUGUCAUUUGCCUCACUUACCCCAGCGCGGCCAAGGCCAAGAAAGCCGUAGGAACUCUAAACAAGCAAGUAACUGACGGAGGUGGUGUGGCUAAAUGCUUGGGAAUAAUAAGCGACAAGACUCCCAGAUGCGAGGCAGUGCGCACGCCGGAGGGGUCCCUCUUUUCGAAAAAAGUACAAGGCGCAACGGACUAUACCAAAACAUUAGUUAAAGGUUUCAGAGAAAGGAUCGCUUCCCUGAAAGGUAACGAUCAAGCUGCAAAAGAAGAACGUUUGGCACUGGAGAAGCUAGGCGAAUUGUGCGAGGCUCGGUUGAAAGAGUUCACCGCUAGCCUUAGUGAGCUCACAUCUUCGCAAGAGGCACAGUCUAUUGCGACGAGAGAAACGGCACGUCUUCACCGGGGCUCGCCCCUUUACAGCGUGAAAUCCAAGUUGUUCGAGGGCCUCGAGAAGCGCAAGAUCGUCUUCCUGGUGACUCCACCAGGGUUUGGAUCUUGCCUCGAAGUGCCUUCGUACCUGCGAGAUCUAGGCCUCCGCGUGCUCAGCAUCCAGCCCAGUGAACUCGCCGCCGAGCAGUGCACUAAGCAUGCGGCAAACAUGAGCGAGCCGGGAGCGGUGCAGUGCUGGCGCUUUGCCGGACAGCAGGUGAGCCCGCAGUCCGCGGUUGUCUUCACCACUGCGCGUCGGUUCUUUCACGAGUUCAUGCGCUGUGGAACAGCGUUAGCGGGCUUCCAGGCGAUCGUCAUUGAUGCUCUACACGAAGACAGCGCUUACCAGCGCGUCUGCCUGACAGUGCUGCGCAUGCACUUUUUGUCUCACGUUCGCCUCGUGCUGUGUGGCAGCGACAGCGACGCCUGCGCGUCUGUUCAGCAGGCGUUCUGCCUGGGUGACCAGGACAUACUGAAAUCAUUUGUCCAGUGCCCCGUGGACGUCGUUUGGAAAGAACGACCAGCGAAUAUGAAUGUUGUCGCCGCAAGUGUCGCCGCCACGCUCGAGUUCUGUCAGAAAUGCAGAUUCGGAGGCGACAUCAUUGUCUUCUUGCCCUCUCUGGCAGACGCGUUCCAUGCAGACGCGCUGCUGGAAUAUCGAAAGGCUGCAGAACAGCUCGUGGGAACAUUUCGUCACGAGGUUUUGUUUCCUGGAGAUACGUACCUGUCAACCAUCGGUUCGCCAUCCAUCGGGUGCUGGAGGAUUGUGUUCGCUGUGGAAUACGCUGACGCCAUCGCUAGAAAGCUUCAAGUGCGGUGCGUCAUAGACAGUGGUCUAGCACGCAAUGUCGUUUAUCGCAAUGGUGUUUUAGUUGCCGAGCUUGCGUACAUAUCCGAAGCAGAAGCCGAAGAACGGAAGGCCUUGGUCGGAAAUCGGCUGCAUGGAACAUGCUAUCGUCUCUACAACAGAGAUGUGUUCGCUUCUUCGCUGUCUGUCGACGAAAAGAACUCGCGGUUCAUUGAAGACAUCGUUCUUCGCCUUUCAGCACGACAAACCAGCAACACUGUCACAUAUCUUGAAAAAAUCCCGAAAGGCUCCGUGAAGAACGCGAAGAAAGCACUUGUAGAAAUCGGGGCGACGGACUCAAAAGGAUGCCUUACAGAUUUGGGUGCAAAGCUUUGCGAAACCAGCCUGGAACCCAGACUUGGGAAAUUGAUACUAGGAUCGCUUGACAAAGCUUCUUCUCUGAACGCUGUGCUGGUCUGCGCUCUAGCUUACGAGGACCUGCUCGCCGUUUACAAACCACUGAACAAAGACGGCACAAGACGAGAAGCUCAGCGCGCCGAAGGAGACUGCGUCUUCUCCCGAAUCAUUGACGUCUACAAGAAUUGGCUCGCUGUGCCCAAGAAAAUGAAGAGCACGUGGUGCGAGGUGAACGGUGUUAACGAGACCUUCAUUAGCCACAUUCACAGCACCGCUCUAGCGAUUCAAUCUGAGUUCGAGAUCUUCACGGGCAAGACCUUGAACACGGAUUCAGAAAAACAAGCAAAGAACUUAACAGUCACAAUGGCCGAACUGCUCGCCGGAUCUUUUCCGCAAGGCUUGCUCCAGGCCUCAGAACGGGGCUUCAGCAGCACUACACUCGGGAACAAGCUCCAUGUAUCACCGCUCUCGCUUCUUGGAACCCGGCCUACGCAAGUCAAAAGCGUCGUCUGCUGCCUGUUCUCUCUGAUUCCCGGCGCAAGAAAGCUGCAGCUCCUUAACUUUUCUUCGAUUCCGGAUAGGAAUGACAUUUCCCAGGCUGAACCCGUCCUAUCACUGUCACGUGCGAAGCUCCCACACAUUCAAGAAAGGUUCGGCCCUGUUGGGAAUCUCAUCUGGAACCAACAGUUCAACACGCAGCGUGCGCUUCAGUCAAUUCAAGAAAAGCUGCGGAACGAUGGUCAUAGCAAGGAAGGGUCGCUAGAACUGGAUGCAACAGCUCAGUGUAUCGUCGUUAGAGGUCCCAAGCAAUACUGUAUCGAGGCUCGUCAGUACCUUCAGAGCAUUGUCACGGAUCAGGUGGCAAAGCUUGCCAGAAAGGACAGAGAGGCUCUCCUCACGCCACCCGACUCGCCUUACAGUACAUAUCCUGUUCUGGCGGUCAUCGGCGUUGGAGGUCUACUGAAUGAAAUCCUGUCUCCCACAAACUUCCGUACCCUCGUAGUCGGCGACGUUAAGAUCCCGCUUCCUGAUUUCAGAAAGCGUGUCAACGAACUCGGAAAUAUCGUCCAGUACUGGUUCCUCAAAAAGGAUAACGCCUUCCAGAUCACGUACAAGACGUCGAUGGAAGCCGACGACGCUUACGACUCCCUUUCUAAGCAGGACGGCGUCGUAGCAGUUUCAGUUAAGGGUCAGGCUCUAGUGUACCGCGAAGUGCAGAAGCACCGAAGACCGGCGUUUCACGCCCAGGUAUCGCUGCCCCGACGUCGAUGCACGGGCAUCGCCUUUGCCGAGCUGCCGGACCAGGCCUCUUGGGACCGAAUCGCGGGAUCACUGCCGCUACACUUACAGCUUGACGGCACCGCAAUAACUUGCGAGCGGAACAAGAAUAUACCUGGUCAGCUGUGUCUGAAGGGCUUUUCACCGACGGUUGGCCAGGCGGCCGUGGAAAAGCUCCUUCGCUCCUCAUUGCCAGUAAGUCUGAAGAGCGUUCGCCUCAUCCACGAACCCUCUUUUGAGACAACCUCGAUGGAGCUCCAAGCGCUGGAAGAAGCUGUGCACGGAAUUUUCGAAAAGGAGGCUGGCCCCGGCACAACGAGGCUCAACCUCAAGAAACCGAAGAAUACUGACUAUGCUUUCAAAGGCUGGAUUUCCUUCGAAGACGUUGUCUUGGGGCAACGCGCGUGCGCUCUUCUCAAAGGGGCGCCAAUUUCAAUUCACGUCUCGCAGGAUGGUCGCCCUGCGACCACACUGCCACUGACCGUUCACUCCUUAGUCCAAGAAACCUUCUUCUUUCCCCGUUUUUUCUUCGCGGCCAUCCAAGGACGGGUCGAAGCCGAGCUCCGCCGCCAAGAAGGCCUGCGCCCCGAGGACAACCUCAAGUGUGAUGCGACGCCCUGCGGGCCAGCGGUAGUUUGUGUCAGUCUGCGUGCCAACAACCUGAACGAUUUUCAGAAAGUCGUGCACCUCUUCAAUAGGCUGAUGAGCACAGAGGCAGAAUCCUUCGAAGAAUCGGUGCGGCCGGAAGAAAUAGUAGAUGCCGUCAAGGCCGUCGCACCAGGGGGUGGCGUCUACAUGUUCCGAAAACGCGGUGAAACUCGCCUGGUCGGUGAUGAAGAACUCGUCGCCGCGACAGCGGAGGUGCUAAGGAAGUGCACCAAAGCACAGGGCAAGCACAAGAGGAAGAAAUUGGUCCUCGUCGGUGAAGAUUUCAGUGUGCUGAGAUCCUUUGUGGGCAAGUUCGGCCAUGACCCCUGGGAGCUGGUGAAGGAAUGCAAACUGGACGCGGCACAGUUUGACGCAAACUUCGAGGCAGUUGAUGUCGUCGGAAUGGACGAAGCCAUAGGAAGAGCUGAACAGCUGGUGCGCGAGCUGCAGAGACGCCUUGUGGAAGCCGACUCAGUGUCCACUUCCCACUCUGAACGCUGUCCAAUUUGCCGUGAGCCAUCGUGUCGCCCCCAAGGGGAUGAGGCUUCAGUGGAUGGACACCGUCUCGAGCUGUGUGGGCACUGGCACUGCGGGUCGUGUCUGCUGUUGGCCUUCAAACGAGCUCCCCUGCCCCUAGCAUGCUUUGAGGAGGACUGCGCAUCACCCUGGGCCAUGGCUGAUAUCGUACACGUGGCGGAGAACGACCACGGACUACUGAGCGACCUCGCCCGUAGGUCGUUCGAGUCCUCUGUCGCAGCAGACGCGAUUGGUCGGUGGUACCCCUGCCCCACACCCGAGUGCCAGUUUGCCCUGGACACCUACAGGGACACCAAGGCACAAGGCGUGCAUGUGUUAGGUGACGUGCAUGUCUGCCCUGGAUGCACCAAUGCCGUCUGUUUCCGGUGCCGCUCUCUGUACCACUACGGCAUGUCGUGCACAGCCUUCAGAGCCUCCAUGUUGCCCAAGAGUGACGCUUCCGACAAGCAGCCAUGGCUGGACAAGGACCCCGGCAAGCACCUGGCAUGCCCCUCCUGCAAGACCUGCCUGGAACGCCACAGCGCUAGCAAGGUGGACGCCUGCUGGGCAUGCCGGCGCCUGUUCUGCUGGCACUGUCACCAGAGCUUCGAGGACGACGCAGCAGCCGCCAGGGGUCACCGUACGCAAAGUUGCAUUGCAGCACGCCGAUAGCGCGUUGGCGUGGCCAUCACAGAUCUCGGCAUGCGUGGUCAACAUGCCAAGACUGCUGCGAUAAUGUUAUUCCCGACGCACAGAUGUCUCGCUCGUGCUGGACAAACAGCAUCAAAGCAGAUGAGCACUCAGUAAGGUACAGUCGCCAUCUGCUUUGAUGCUGUUUGUCCAAGAUGAAUGUUCACCAACUAUUAUCCCAAGUUUUAUGCUACUACAGAAAAGCCUCAAGGAUGCAUUGAUGCCACAAGACUGCUGGGGAUUCGAUGUUUCAUCACUCAUGUUGUGCCAGACAACACAGCUUAAUUGUGAACAGCUCCGACUUUCCCUGGAAGUGGGCUUGUGCAGAUCUAGUGAAAAGCUGUCGCCAGCCUAUGUACCAGCGCUCGUACUGGGGCAUCUAUACCAUAAGGUGCCUACGUGCUAAAAAGGUGUUCCUGCCUCUCUUACAACUUUCCACAUUCUCUUUUGCGGUGGGCAGCUGGUCCGUGAAAAAGACCAAAAUUAGUGACUACAGCCGGGUUCUAACCUUUGUAUGGAAAGCUAAGCAAUGCCAGACAGUGUGUGCUUCGAAGCAAGAAGCAUAAGAGAGAAUGGUGGUAUCCCUAAAUUCUUUAAAUAUUUAUGGAACUCCAGGAGAGAGUGAGACCUAUUGACCCAGAAAAGGAAAGUCUGCUGAUGGCACCGUACCUGUCUAGCGUGCGGCUGACACCUGAACAUCGCUCAGCAAUGUGGGGAAAGGAGAAAAAAAUAAGGAAAGGUGACAGAGGUAGGAAGGAAUGGAGUGAAUCUAAAGGCACAAGCUACUCUGGAUACACUAAACACACUCAAGGCCCAAAUCCCGCUACCUCGAGGACUUUAGGCAAGCUAUCAAGUUGGCCAGGCACAAAGCUAUAAUGUGCCUUAUCUCGUACUCGGGCAGAUUUACGCGGCCAGAGGAGGCAUUCCACGCUUUUGAUGGAAAUGCCCAAUGUACGGUGCGCAUAAAACAUAAAUUUGGUCUGUUAACACAGUAGCGAUCUGAAAACUACCACGGUGGUUUCGACAGAAUGCUGCGAGAUUGGUUCUUUUCAAAGAAAGCGAGAGCCCCCAUAUCGGACGCAUCACUAAACAGUUCCCUUCUACCAAAGAUUACGCGUUAUGACACCUCAGGUGCGGACAGAAACAGACAGCAAAGUUAACCGCAGCGUCCCUGCAAAAAUUCACGAGCGUCUUUCAUUGUGCUAACCUCUCACGAGCAAAAGCAAGACACUGCCUUCCUUGUCGUAAGUGAAUUUGCUUAUAGUUAACAGGUGUCACUGUAUCAAAAGGCCCAGUAACUCCCGGUUGCACCUAUACCAAUUGAAGGUUGCACAUUUCACCGCAGCUGGUUUGCCGACCAGUUCUGUUGUUUUCUUAUUGCUGGCUCAUAUGCUGCCAUGCAUGCGUGAAUUCUGAAUUAAUGUGCAGGAUAUCGCAUGCUGUGUGACGGGGCCACCAUAAGGUGAUACUACGUGCUGUGCGGUUGCUAUGUCAUGACUGGAAUAACACAGUUUUACAUUGCAGCGUGCACUGCUAUUACAUGCAACAUUGGAAGGGCGAGCGAUCGCGUGGGUGCCUUUCAGCAGGGCUUUCAGAGUGUCAGCACUUUCAUAAUGGUGAUAGCACUGCACAAAGUGCAUUCUAAUGCAAUGCGGGGUGCUUUGUUGUCGAGCCGAUUGUAAGCAGCCGUUAAAGUGAGAAUCAGUCCACAUACUGUGGCGGUGAAGAAAGACUUACAUGCCAAUUGUAUGCACUAUCUUUAGUUUUGGUCAAUCUAAUGCACUAAGUUGCGAGGCGCAACGAGGUUAACAAAGGUUUGUGCCUAAAUUUCGCCAUGCAUCCCAAUCUGACAACGGUACCGGACAUUUUUUUGUUUUUAAUUUUUUUGUGUUCUUAUUUUGAUGUAGUGCCUGUGUAUCACUGUUUCAAUAUGCUGUGUUAUUGUGUCACCGUGUACCAAAUUGUUUUAAAAAAUAUCACAAAUACAACCAUUUGACAACCCCCCCCUGCAAUGCUCUCUAAGCAGAUGCGGGAUUUCAUAAUAAACUUGUAAUACAUAAAUUGAAAUAAUUUUUUUUUCGCAUUAAAACACACUGAAAAUUUCGACAGCCCUGUUGUGUCGCUGUGCCUCAAUUGUGGCGAGCGACAUGGCAGUAUGUCGAGAUGCGAGACUGCAGUUUAUAAAUGUUGUCCAAAUAAAAAUCGUACGUCAAAGACCUGUCUUCGUGGUGCUUGCCCAAGAAAUGAACGACCACAAGUGUUAGUCUCUUUUUGCCAUUACUGGAGCUUUUCACAUUAAAACACACUGAAAAUUUCGACAGCCCUGUUGUGUCGCUGUGCCUCAAUUGUGGCGAGCGACAUGGCAGUAUGUCGAGAUGCGAGAUUGCAGUUUAUAAAUGUUGUCCAAAUAAAAAUCGCACGUCAAAGACCUGUCUUCGUGGUGCUUGCCCAAGAAAUGAACGACCAGAAGUGUUAGUCUCUUUUUACCAUUACUGGAGCUCCUCUAGUUUGUAGAAUGGCAAGCAAAGUAUGAAAGUGCUUUGUCUCUUAAAUACUGUUACGACGAGGCAAAGGAGAGAACAGCGACAGUCCUGAAGACGACGAAAAGUUAAAUCCGGCCUAACGAGACCUCUCGUGUGCAUCAUGCAAAACAGGAAUCAGAUUGGAGCUCAGAUUGCGGCUCACAAGAAAUGGACAUAGAGAUCGACUCCCAUGCUCUUAAGCACCGCGGAUCUCCUGUCGCGCAGGGAUCUACAAUGACACAUAACAUGAAGACUAAAAAGUGCCAGGAGGAGAAUACUUUAAAAAAUAUUUUUUGAAGGGUAGCAUCCUCCAUAAGGCAGUUUCUGCUGCCGGUCUUAGCACAACAUAGGUAUCAUAAAUGUAUUACAGUGGAACUGUCGUUCCAUUUAUUUCGCUGCUAUUGACCUUUAUCUCUGUAGCCAACACUCACCUCAUAUCAUUGCGAUCCAAGAUACAUGGUUACCAGAAGAAAAGGCAUUUCGUACAAAAAAUUACCGUACAUUUCGCUUAGACCAUCCCUCUCGCAGUGGCAGCUUACCUAUCUUUUAUCUCCUCAAAAAUUGUGCACCAGCUUAAAAGGCUUAGAAAGCGAAAUUCUAGCUAUAGAGAUUUCUAUCCCAGGCUUCAUCCCACUCGUUUUAGUUAAUGUGUAUUUCCCCGGAGGUAUUCUGAAUACUAGUGUCCUAGAUACAGUAAUUACAUUCUGCAGAAAUCAUUUUUGCCUGAGACUAUAACUUUCAUCAUACAUUGUCGGGGCAGAAGACUGAUUUGAGAGGUAAACAUUUGUGGGAUUAGGCUGCUAACAAAAAUUUAUCAUGCAUUAACACACAAACAUAGACAUUUAUUAGUAGUAAGUUACUGUCCACAAUAGAUCUCACUUUCGCUAGUACUAAUUUGUGUAUCUCCACUUGGUCUGCUAUAAACUUGGGCACAAUCAGUGACCAUUUUCAUAUUCUUUUUGAGCUUGUAUGCCCAUUUACUCAGGUGUUACCAUGCAUUCAAAUAAUUUUGUUAAUUUCAGCACAUUCAAAAAGGCCUUACAAAUGGCUUUAUCGAACCAGCAAUUGGAUAAUAAA